AUGCCUCCUUCUUGCUCUGUUAAAUUAAAGUCCGUUUCUUCUUCUCUCCCUCAAAACACUCUCAUUUACACCCCAUCAGAAACACCUCCCUCAACCACCAGAACUUCUAACCCACCAUCCCUCAAAUUCAAUCUCGCAAACACUACCCUACCCAUUUCUGAAGCAGAAAUGCUGAACGAAACCACCUCACUGUCAUACUCCUCAUCUUUAUCCCCACCAUACUAUAUUCUGUCAUCAGACAACGAACCAUCUGACCCCCAGUCCCCCACUCUAGCUCAACUUCAGGCACGUGCUCUGGCCUCACAGCAGCCAUUACAACCUGAACCUGAACCUGAAGUCACCUCUCCACCCCCUGAACAACAAAAUACACCUCCAUUUGAUCAACCUCAAACACCAACCCCUACACAACAAACUAAUCCACCUCCUAAACAACCAGUACCCUCACUAUCUGAACAUCAACCAAAUCCACAACCUGAACAAACAACACCAUCUUGCUCUGAUAUUCCCCCGCCACCAACCUCUGAUGCCAUCAUCCCUCCUACUCACGAUCCCGCUGACACCAGUUCAUCUCCACCGCCCUCCCCAUCCUCUAACUCUGAACCAGAAAUUGCCUUCCCCACUUUAGAAGAAGCAAUAACUUUGUUUGCAGAGUCUUCAGUGGAGAAGAUCAAAGAUGUUGGAAUAAGGCUACAAGCUCGCUUGGCCAUAAAGGCUGAGGAAAAGGCCAGGAAGGAAGCAGAAGAGAAAGCUCGUCUGGAAGAAGAGAAAAGGAUCAGAGAAGCUGAAGAGAAGGCUGUUGCUGAAGCUGCUGCUGCUGAGGCUGAGGAAAAAGCAAAAGCUGAAACUGAAGAAGCAACACGUAUUGUUGUAGAGGAAGCCGCCAAGGCCAGUGCUGAUGCCUUGACUCAGGGGGAGCAAUCUAACUCUGGUUUUGCCCCUCUGGUCUUAAAGAAUCUGAAGGAAUUGCAAAAAGAACAACAAGUGGUACGAGCAAGGGUGUCUCACCCUAACAUGAAGUCAGACGCUCUUGGAGGACCAUCUAGACCAGUUAACCAAAAGGUACUUGAGCUUUGCGAUGAGCAGAUAGAGAGUGUGACGACAGUCUGUCGGCGUGUUGCGGAGAUGUGUAUAAAAACCAUAGAGUCAAGACUCUUUCAGGAUGAUAGUUCCUAG